AUCCAAGAAAUCAUUUGAUCUUUCAAUUACUUGUUUUUCUUGAUCUUGAUGCUGCCUAGCAUACUCCCGCUUGCCGUAUCUUGCGGUCGUAGUCUACAACAUGCAGCCCUGAACACAACACGCCGAUCAUGGUCCUCAAAGCCAUCGGUAUCGACAUAUAAAACAAGACCCUUGUCCUCUGGCCAAGUACUUCGGUCUGGAGAGCACCAAAAGCUUCUGACGGAGUUCAAAGAGAACUUCCAUUUCCCAUCAGCCACUUGCAAACUCGAAGAUGUAGCCACCAGGGAAGUUGGAGAAGAUGUUGUGCUUCACGGCUAUCUGGGUACGCAAAGACAAGCCGGCAAGAACCUGCUUUUCGCUGAGCUUCGAGACACAACAUUAUCACGCUCCAUUCAGCUAGUGGCGUCAAACAAGACCAGCACAGGCGAGAGCGUCUUCGAAAAGCUCAUUGAAUUGAGUGUCGAGACGCCCGUGGCAAUACAAGGAAAGAUCAAAAGCCGAAAAGCCAAACCUUCAUCAUCCAAGAUUGAAGAGGGAGCCAUCCAACCAGUUACAGAUGUCGAGAUCGAGCUGACCAAGGUAUCUCCGCUAAACCAUUUCCCCAAGGAUAUCAUGGUCACCCAGGAUUCUGUUUUUUCGGCCGAACAAAGACAUCUACAGCUGCGCAUGGAGAAGCCGCUACGAGAUGCACUAGCGUUCAGGAGUAAAGCCGCCAGCAUUCUGCGCACAGAGCUCUGCGAAGGUAAAGACUUCACCGAAAUUGAGACACCUUUGUUAUUCAAGUCGACUCCCGAAGGCGCUCGUGAGUUCCUGGUCCCAAGUCGCACACCAGGUCUUGCCUAUGCUCUACCGCAGAGUCCACAACAGUACAAGCAGAUUCUGAUGGCAAGUGGUAUUCCACGCUACGUGCAAUUUGCGAAGUGUUUCCGUGAUGAGGAUCUUCGCGCAGACAGACAACCAGAGUUUACGCAGGUCGAUCUGGAGAUGUCUUUUGCAACUGGACAAGACGUCAUGAGCACUGUCGAAUCUGUCAUCAAAACACUCUGGCAGAAACUACUCGGCAUUUCCUACGAUGGCCAGUUCCCUCAUCUUUCUUACGAAGAUGCAAUGUCGACUUACGGCUCCGACAAGCCUGACGUCCGUCUUGGAUCCAAGAUCUCACGUGUUGAGUACAUGCUCCCUGUUGACCUCGUCCGCAAAAUUGGUCCCUUGAACGACCCUAUUGUGGAAGUGUUGAAGAUUCCCAUCUCGGAAGACGCCAAAGAGACUCGCGGGUUCGUGACUCGUUUCAUGGACUCACCAGAAGCCAAGCCCUUCAACGAGAAUCCAGAGGGUCAGCCCGGCAUCUUCAUCUUCGAUCCACGUAAACCACUCUCUGGUCUUUCAGUAUUCGGCUUUGAAGCCGCAGAGACGAUAGAAGAGACACUUGACCUUGAGGAAGGAGAUCUUGUCGUCCUACAAGCUCGUAAGAAUGCAUCUCAUGCAGGCGGCUCCACGCCGCUUGGUAACUUGCGACUGGCUCUACACAAGUUUGCGGUCCAACAUGGAUAUAUGCCCGCGCCUCAAGGCUUCGAGUUCCUUUGGAUUACAGACUUCCCACUAUUCUCGCCGUCUGUGGCCAAUGAGCCCGGUCAAGGCGGUGCAGCAGGUUUCAGCUCCACACAUCAUCCUUUCACAGCACCUAAGACCGCGGAAGAUGUAGACUUACUACUCACAGACCCAGCCGCCGUCAAGGCCGAACAUUACGAUCUGGUAGUGAACGGCGUUGAACUCGGAGGUGGUAGUCGCAGAAUCCACUCAGCAGCCAUGCAACAAUUCGUCCUACGAGAGGUGCUAAAGAUGAGUGAGGAGCGCCUCAAGGACUUUGACCAUCUGAUCGAGGUGCUGAGAGCAGGAUGUCCGCCACACGCGGGCAUGGCCUUGGGCUUCGACAGACUCAUCGCAGUCAUGCUCGGAAAGGAAAGUGUUAGAGACGUAAUUGCAUUCCCCAAGAGCGGCAGAGGCGAAGAUUUAUUGGUCAAGAGCCCGACACGCAUGACCGAGGAACAACUGAAGACCUAUCAUUUGAAGCUCAGGGAUUAGUCAUACGAUGUCGCUCGAUUGUAACAUAUUUUGUACAAAUAGAAAAGUCGCUUGUCGACCUAUUCAACUCUUCCCCCAACCCUCCAAAUUCACAACGUCAGGUUCAGCUCCACUUCUCACAAUGACCCACUCGACUUCCUCAUCCCCAUCGUUGACCUCCUGAUGCUCCUGAUACGCAGGUAUCAGGGCGAAGUCUCCCUGCUUCAGGACUUGUCGUUUCUUGCCUCCUUCACUGACGACAGCACCCUGUCCACGCACCGCGUAAACGAUUGUAUCCUGGGCGCCGUGAUGGUGGACUGCAGAGGCUGAAUGGGGCUCGGCUAGCAUGAUAGAGCUGCAAAUUGAGGCGAGGCCUGUAAUGGCGGGUU